AUGAGUGGUCCCAAAUCGGAUACGCUUUUGCUUCUGCUAGCGACUGCAUUAAUUACGCCAGUCUGCAAGCGUCUCGGAACGAGUCCAAUCCUCGGUUUUCUUGCUUCGGGCAUGCUUCUAGGACCUAAUGGGUGUGGACUCAUUUCGGGUAUUCACACCACGGAAACCCUGGCCGAACUCGGCAUCGUUUUCUUCUUGUUCGAAAUGGGGAUUGAGCUUAGCUUUGACCGUCUCUUGUCCAUGCGAAAAGAUGUGUUCGGGUUGGGUUUUUUGCAAUUUUCCAUCACUGCCGUUGCCGUCGCGCUUGUGGGCAAAUUGGCUGGCUUGCCGGCCAACGCUUUGGUCGUACUUGGUGGAGGGCUCGCAUUGAGCUCGUCCGCUUUUGUGUUACAAUUACUCAAAGAUAAAAAUCAGCUCGCCACGCGGUUUGGCAAGGCAGCUUUUGGUAUAUUACUUUUUCAAGAUUUAGCCGUUGUGCCAUUGCUCGUGGUGACACCAAUUUUGGCCGGAUCGGGACAAGGAUUGGCGUCGGCAGUUGGUUCAGCCGUUGUUAAGGCCGCUAUGGCUUUGGGGUCGAUCGCAGUUGCUGGUCGUUUUGUAUUGAAUCCACUCUUCAAGACCGUGGCUCAGGCACAGUCACAAGAAGCCUUUCUCGGGGUUGUGCUACUGACCGUGCUGUCAAUGAGCUUUAUGACGGAAGGUUUGGGAUUGAGCAAUACACUGGGAGCUUUUUUGGCAGGGGUCCUGUUGUCGGAAACCAAAUAUCGAUACCAGGUAGAAGCUGACAUUGCACCGUUUCGAGGAAUUCUGCUGGGAUUCUUUUUUGUGACGGUCGGUUUCGAGAUUGACUUGGCCUUGAUUUGGUCACAGCUCCCCCUGGUUGGUAGCUUAGUGAUGGGCAUCAUACUUAUCAAGGCCGCUAUAACGACCGCCUUGUCGCUAGCGUUCGGGUUGAGUCUAUCGACCAGUCAACAAACAGGGUUGAUUCUUAGUCAAGGUGGAGAAUUUGCUUUCGUUGCCUUCGGUCUAGCACGGUCCUUGGGGAUUUUAGACGUGGCGACAACCAAGCUCCUCUUGACAAGUGUGAGUUUGACCAUGGCAUUGACCCCUGCAAUGGCCACAAUCGGUGCCAAAGUAGCCAAGCGCCUCGAAGAAUCUAGUGAUUUUACACAUUAUUUGGGACAGGAUCGUGACGCCAACGAGAUUAAGGAGAGUGACGACUUUGCGGUUGUGAUUGGAUAUGGGGUUGUGGGUAAAGUUGUUUGCGACCUGCUUGAUCGGAAAUUCAUUAAGUACGUCGGUUUGGAUAUUGAUCCGAACAAAGCGAUUCAAGCGAGAAAUGCUGGUCUUCCCGUAUUCUACGGAGACAUUGGUAGACAAGAAGUUGCCGAAGCCUUCAACGUUGGUAAAGCGAAAGCCGUGAUUGUAUGCAUUGCAAAUCGGGCGCAAGCAAAUCGGUGUGUGAUUGCUUUACGACGAUGGUACCCUAAUCUGAAAAUAUUUGCCCGCGCAGCAGACGCAGAUCACGCCAAUCGUCUGCAGACUACACUCAAUGUUGCAGCCAUGGUACCCAUUCUACCGGAGGACAAUUUAUUACUG